CUCCGCGAUCAGGAAACGCGAAAGAUGGCGACUGCUCGGCGACGUUGAGGCCGCGUUAGGCGGUUCAGGCGCGGGGUGAUGGCAGGAGAGCUGGCUGACAAAAAGGACCGAGACACAUCACCCAAGGAGGAAAGGAAGCGAUCACGGACUCCUGAUAGAGAGCGAGAUAGAGACCGGGACCGGAAGUCCUCCCCAUCUAAAGAUAGGAAGCGGCAUCGGUCACGGGAGAGGCGGCGAGGAGGUAGCCGUUCGCGCUCUCGGUCCCGUUCCAAGUCUGCAGAGAGAGAACGACGACACAAAGAACGAGAGCGAGAUAAAGAGCGGGAUCGGAACAAGAAGGAGCGGGACCGAGACAAGGAUGGACACAGGCGGGACAAGGACCGCAAAAGAUCCAGCUUGUCUCCUGGUCGGGGAAAAGAUUUCAAAUCUCGGAAGGACAGAGACUCCAAGAAGGGUGAUGAGGAUGAGCACGGUGACAAGAAACCCAAGAUCCAGCCCCUGUCUCUGGAGGAACUUCUGGCCAAGAAGAAGGCUGAGGAGGAGGCUGAGGCUAAGCCCAAGUUCCUCUCCAAAGCCGAGCGGGAGGCGGAGGCUCUGAAGCGGCGGCAGCAGGAGGUGGAAGAGCGCCAGAAGAUGCUGGAAGAGGAGAGGAAGAAAAGGAAACAGUUCCAGGAUUUGGGCAGGAAGAUGCUAGAAGAUCCUCAGGAGCGAGAGCGUCGGGAGCGGCGAGAGAGGAUGGAGCGGGAGACCAAUGGGAAUGAGGAUGAGGAGGGGCGGCAGAAGAUCCGGGAAGAGAAGGACAAGAGCAAGGAACUGCAUGCUAUUAAGGAGCGUUACCUGGGUGGCAUCAAAAAACGGCGCCGAACAAGACAUCUCAACGACAGGAAGUUUGUCUUUGAGUGGGACGCGUCUGAAGACACCUCCAUUGACUACAACCCCCUGUACAAAGAACGGCACCAGGUGCAGUUGUUGGGGCGAGGCUUCAUUGCAGGCAUUGACCUGAAGCAGCAGAAGCGGGAACAGUCCCGUUUCUAUGGAGACCUAAUGGAAAAGAGGCGAACCCUGGAAGAGAAGGAGCAGGAGGAGGCAAGACUCCGCAAACUUCGUAAGAAGGAAGCCAAGCAACGCUGGGACGACCGCCAUUGGUCCCAGAAGAAGUUAGAUGAGAUGACAGACCGGGACUGGCGGAUCUUCCGGGAAGACUACAGCAUCACCACCAAAGGUGGCAAGAUCCCCAACCCCAUCCGGUCCUGGAAAGACUCGUCUCUGCCCCCACACAUCCUGGAAGUCAUUGAUAAGUGUGGCUACAAGGAGCCGACACCUAUCCAGCGCCAGGCCAUCCCCAUUGGGCUGCAGAACCGUGACAUCAUUGGUGUGGCUGAGACUGGCAGUGGCAAGACGGCAGCCUUCCUUAUCCCGCUGCUGGUCUGGAUCACCACCCUCCCCAAGAUUGACAGGAUCGAAGAGUCAGACCAGGGCCCUUAUGCUAUCAUUCUGGCCCCCACCCGUGAGUUGGCUCAGCAGAUUGAGGAAGAAACCAUCAAAUUUGGAAAGCCACUAGGUAUCCGCACUGUGGCUGUCAUCGGUGGCAUCUCCAGAGAAGACCAAGGCUUCAGGCUACGCAUGGGUUGUGAGAUUGUGAUCGCCACCCCAGGACGUCUCAUUGAUGUGCUGGAGAACCGCUACCUGGUGCUGAGCCGCUGUACCUAUGUGGUUCUCGACGAGGCAGACAGGAUGAUUGACAUGGGCUUUGAGCCAGACGUGCAGAAGAUCCUGGAACACAUGCCUGUCAGCAACCAGAAGCCGGACACAGAUGAGGCUGAGGACCCAGAGAAGAUGUUGGCCAACUUUGAGUCAGGAAAACAUAAAUACCGCCAAACAGUCAUGUUCACGGCUACUAUGCCCCCAGCGGUGGAGCGGCUAGCCAGGAGCUACCUUCGGCGACCUGCUGUGGUGUACAUUGGCUCUGCAGGCAAGCCCCAUGAGCGGGUGGAACAGAAGGUCUUCCUCAUGUCCGAAUCAGAAAAGAGGAAAAAGCUGCUGGCAAUUUUGGAACAAGGUUUUGAUCCACCCAUCAUCAUUUUUGUCAACCAGAAGAAGGGUUGUGACGUGCUGGCCAAGUCUCUUGAGAAGAUGGGGUACAACGCCUGCACACUGCAUGGCGGGAAAGGCCAGGAGCAGCGGGAGUUUGCGCUGUCCAACCUCAAGGCUGGGGCCAAGGACAUUUUGGUGGCUACGGAUGUGGCUGGUCGUGGUAUUGAUAUCCAAGAUGUGUCCAUGGUUGUCAACUAUGAUAUGGCCAAAAAUAUUGAAGAUUACAUUCACCGGAUCGGCCGUACGGGAAGAGCGGGCAAGAGUGGCGUCGCCAUCACCUUCCUCACCAAAGAGGACUCAGCUGUGUUCUAUGAACUGAAGCAAGCUAUCCUCGAGAGCCCAGUGUCGUCUUGCCCUCCAGAGCUAGCAAACCACCCAGAUGCCCAGCACAAGCCAGGCACCAUCCUCACCAAGAAGCGCAGGGAAGAGACCAUCUUUGCUUGAUGCAUUGAUGGGGUUCAGAGACACACUCUGAAGCGGGUGCCUGUUCUUUUCACCCCUCACAUCCCUCUUUCCAGGCUCUCAUCCUGGGGUUGAGGAAACAGUCCGAUUCCCUGGUCUGGACCUGUGAGGUGGGCUCCGUAGGGACAGGAAGAUGUUGUAGGAGGCAGGAGGAGCCUAUUACGUCAGGUCUGGCCCAGCUCUGCCCCUGCAGCCUCGCCGCUGUCCUGGUCACAGGGCGGCUGCCUAGCACUGUCCCCCAGCCUGAACAAACACCUGGCCACCUGGAGGGGACUUCCUUCAGCACUGUGGCUGCACUGCAGGACCGUGCUGCCCUGACUGACCGGGGAUCUGGCAUGGUGAGGAUGGUGGACCUUGGACUCUGUCACUCAGACAACAGGGUGAGAGCCUAGAGCUGUGCCCAGCCUGUGCCUCAGUGUGCUGUGCACUCUAGACGUCCCUCCCCCGGGGAAUCUGUUAGAUGUGGGGACAGGGUGAGCUGACUGUGUCCAUCUUUAAGUCACUGAGUGAAAUUUCUGUUUUCUAUUCGCUGAGAAGAUAAGUUUGUAUGUUCUGAGAAUAAAUACAUGAAUAUUAA